CAAGCUUUUGCAACAAAUAAAGUCCCCCCCCCCUCUCUCUCUAGGUUCAAAAGGACUCACAAGAGAGAGAUAGUAUGAUUGAUAGGGAAAGAGAGAGAGAUGAAAGAAAGUAAAAUAUAUAAUAGAUUAUUAGGACACGAUUGUCAUCUUUUGAUUUGUGUCUUGUGUGCUCUCUCUUUCUUCUCUUCCUCGAUUGAUCUUCUUUAUAUAACCCUACUCUCUUUCUCUUUUCCCAUUCUUUCUAUCAUUCUCCCUUUCUCUCUCGGGAUCUGAUCUCUCUUUCCAGUAACCUAUUCCCGAGGAGCACUGUCAAAUCUUGUCCACUCUUUGAUCUUAUCUCGAUCUCUUUCUCUUUCUAGUCUUGUGUAGUCUUCAAACUUGUGAUGUUAUCUAUAUAGUAAUCACGAGAGAGAAUCAUACAAUAGCUGAAACAUAAAGCUUUCUUAGAAGCUUUAAAAAGGUCUCAUCUGGAUUAUCCUGUUUAAUUUCUAGAGUUUCUUCAGGCAGAUUAUUAACCGAUCAAGAAGACAAACAUGAAUUCAUUUUCCCACGUCCCUCCGGGUUUUAGAUUUCACCCGACAGAUGAAGAACUUGUAGACUACUACCUGAGGAAAAAAGUCGCAUCGAAGAGAAUAGAAAUUGAUUUCAUAAAGGACAUUGAUCUUUACAAGAUUGAGCCAUGGGACCUUCAAGAGUUGUGCAAAAUUGGGCAUGAAGAGCAGAGUGAUUGGUACUUCUUUAGCCAUAAAGACAAGAAGUAUCCCACAGGGACUCGAACCAAUAGAGCAACAAAAGCAGGGUUUUGGAAAGCCACCGGAAGAGAUAAGGCUAUCUAUUUGAGGCAUAGUCUAAUUGGCAUGAGGAAAACACUUGUGUUUUACAAGGGAAGAGCCCCAAAUGGACAAAAGUCUGAUUGGAUCAUGCACGAAUACCGCUUAGAAACCGAUGAAAACGGAACUCCUCAGGAAGAAGGAUGGGUUGUGUGUAGGGUUUUCAAGAAGAGAUUGGCUGCAGUUAGACGAAUGGGAGAUUACGACUCAUCCCCUUCACAUUGGUACGAUGAUCAACUUUCUUUUAUGGCCUCCGAGCUCGAGACAAACGGUCAACGACGGAUUCUCCCCAAUCAUCAUCAGCAGCAGCAGCACGAGCACCAACAACAUAUGCCAUAUGGCCUCAAUGCAUCUGCUUACGCUCUCAACAACCCUAACUUGCAAUGCAAGCAAGAGCUAGAACUACACUACAACCACCUGGUACAACGAAAUCAUCUUCUUGAUGAAUCUCAUUUAUCGUUCCUCCAACUUCCUCAACUAGAAAGCCCUAAGAUUCAACAAGAUAACAGUAAUUGCAACUCUCUUCCUUAUGGAACAAGCAACAUCGAUAAUAACUCGAGCCAUAAUGCUAACUUGCAGCAAUCAAAUAUCGCGCAUGAGGAACAAUUGAAUCAAGGAAAUCAGAACUUCAGCUCUCUAUACAUGAACAGCGGCAACGAGCAAGUGAUGGACCAAGUCACAGACUGGAGAGUUCUCGAUAAAUUUGUUGCUUCUCAGCUAAGCAACGAGGAGGCUGCCACAGCUUCUGCAUCUAUACAGAAUAAUGCCAAGGACACAAGCAAUGCUGAGUACCAAGUUGAUGAAGAAAAAGAUCCGAAAAGGGCUUCAGACAUGGGAGAAGAAUAUACUGCUUCUACUUCUUCGAGUUGUCAGAUUGAUCUAUGGAAGUGAGCUGAAAGAGAAGACAUAUAAAUGCAUAUAUACAUAUAUAUAUAUACGUACACACGAACACUAAUCAAGUGUAGAUGAUGAUGAUGGUACAGAUUUAUAUUUGCUUUGAUUGAUUCUUACUACAUUAUUGAACUUAUGUCAUAUGCAUAUAUACAUUGCGUAUCUAUGCAUAUUUAUACUUGUACUCAAUAUGAUUAACCAUAUAUAAACUCUAAUCUAAAUGUAACUCCAA